AUGGUCGGAAGUACUGCUGAGAAUACCUCUUCAGCCGCUGCGACUGCUCGCCAGGCCCACGACGCGCCGCCUGAUUUGCCCACCCCGGAACCUGGUGCUGGAGGCGCGAGCACGAGCGGCGACCACGACGAAGCCAUAGCGAGCGGUCAGCACCGGACCAGCCUCCUCGACUUGUCCGACGAACUCCUCCACCGCAUUUUCGCCGAGGUCCUGGCACUCGAGAACGCCCCAGUCCACGAGGAUGACCGGUUCGGACGCAUCCGUGUCAACAAGCGCAUCUGGAGGAUCGGACUUCCUAUCUGGACGCGAUUCUUGAGGAUCGCAUCCUAUUCGGUGGCAUCCUCCGACCGCAAUCUCGCCAUCCUUGCGCAAGACGAGCGAUUGCACGACUCCGUUCGACAAGUUGCCUUGUCUAUGAACAGCGACGGCCCGCGCCGACUUGGGCUGAUAGUUGUGGCUCGACUCCCGCACCUCGCCGACCUUUGUCUCCAGAUGAUGGGAGACGUGUUCGAACAUCCCGUUGACGUCUACCUCGACAUCAUCGGCGACAUGCCGUCUCUGGCGCGCUUCCGCUUCGAAGCCGACGGGGAGAUCGUCGUCCGAGCACGCCGCUCAACGUUCCGCGCUCUAAGGUGUCUCGACGUAUUUGGCGGAUCGGUCGCUCAGAGCAUUCUGGAAGCCCGCGGUAUGGGUCUCGUCAAGCUGAGGGUCACCCUGUUUUCCGACUCGGCCGUGCCCGUCAUCCCGUGGGCGAGCCUUGCAAGCUUCUGUCUGGCGGGGUCCAUUGCGAACGAACAGGCGGCGUGGCGGCUUUUGGCUCCUUUGAAAGAGCUCCACAGCAGGGGCAAACUCGGAUCGGUUGGCCUUACGACGCUCGCUGUCGACUUGACGGACACAGGCAAAUCGACGGCUAUAGUCUUCAUUGCGGCGGUGUUCUCGCUCAUCGAUCAAACCGCGCUCAAGCACAUCGACUUGGCGACGAGCAAGGACUUCAGCUGGAUGUCGCUGAAGGAAGCUGGGGUGGUUAUUGCGACGGUGCAGAGCCUAAGGUUCGACGGUCCGUCAAAUGAUGGCCUUUCAGACGUCGACCAUUGGAGCCAGCUGGCACGCCUUCUUUCGUUCUUCCCGAACUUGAUCCGCCUCGAGGUCACCAGAUCAACCUUCAACUCUUUUCCUGCGUUCCAAGGAAUGGUGAAUCCCGCCGCACUCACUCCACCGUACGUCGCCGAACACUUUCCCGUCCUCUCCGCCAUCCUGCAGUACCUGCGCUACAGGGCGCCCUUUCGCGCGCUCGUCAUAAGUCGGUACGAUCAAGAGAUCCGAGCAACACGAGCUGGACCCGACGACGACUUCAAGCUCGAGAGAUGGCACAUCUCCGCAGCGGAACACGACAUGUUCCUCGACAUCUUCUGA